GCCGUAAAACUCAAGUCUGCUAUGACCUAGGAGUUACGGCCCACUCUGUCCCAACCGUCCAAGUCACAAUCCGACGGUGGAUGGUCGCUCGAAGGGAAGAGCAGCCUAAACCCUUCUUCCUUUCGUGUACCCCCUCCAGCAGCGCCACCACCACCUCCUCCGCACCGUCGUCGCCAUGGCUCUCCUCAAGAACUCCCUCCUGCUCCAGGGGCGGCUGCGCCAUGCGGCGGCGGCGUCGUUCGCGGCGCGGCGUGGCGCGGCGACGUCCACGGAGGAGUACCAGCGCCGGAACUACGCCGAGAACGCCUCCGAGUACAACACGGUCAUAGGGUCUCUCAUCGCCCAGCGCAGGCCCUAUCUUCUGCGUGAUGCUUAUGAUGACAUGAUGCUUGACUGCGUCCAGCCUGUGCGGGACACAUUCCACUCACUCAUAGUCGGUACCAUGAAAGGCAGCCGACUACAAGAUGCGCUCUACUUCCGUGAUCAGAUGAAAGAAAUGGGCUUGCAGCCUGAUGUUAACAUUUACAACUUCUUGAUCUCCACUUGUGGAAAAUGCAAGAACCCAGAUGCAGCAAUCAUGCUUUUAGAAGAAAUGAAGGCACAUGGCGUUAAGUUGAAAGGAGAAACCUACAUUUGUCUGUUGAAUGCACUUGCAGCAACAGGGCGAACUGAUCAAGUUUAUGCAAUAGUUAGUGAUAUGAGUGCUGCUGGUCUUGGAUUAAACAAGUACUGUUAUGCUGGACUGAUAACUGCAUUCAAGAACAAGACACCAACCACCGAGGAGACUAUGACAAAGAUUCUUGACUUUGUUGAGCAGUCAAAAGGUUGGAAAUAUGUUGAAAGAGUAUCAAAGGACAAUGCUGAGAAUGUAAUGAUGAAUGUGUCAGAGGAAGAGUUGUACAAUCUACCAACAGCAGAAUAUGUAAAUAGACGAGGAGGAUUUGUCCUUAAGCAGUUCACAGUUUAUCAUGUUGCUAUCCAUGCUUGUGCUGAACUACGGAGCAAAGAGACACUUGAAGCACUUCUUGAAAUGUUCAAUAAAGAUAAUAGAGAUGGAUCUACUUAUGAUGCCUUUAUGGUGAUGCAAGCUAUGAGGUGUUAUCUGCGUUGUGGAGAUAUUGAUUCUGCUAUUAAGAUGUUUGAAGAAUAUACAAGUUCAAGAUUCUCAGCUGCAGAGUUGUAUGUGACACUUGCUGAGGGAGCUAUGAUUGGGCACACUCCAAGAGGAAUGCAAGUUGCUCAAGAAACCCUAGAGAAAAUGGUUUCAAGAAAUUUCUUCUUGAAUCCGAGGAUGGGAAGUGAUCUCCUAAUCGCAGCUGCCGGUGAGAAGACUGGUGGAUAUACGACUGCGAAUUAUGUCUGGGAUUACCUGCAAAGCUGUAAUAUCACUCCAUCACUUCCUGCUGUUGAAGCAUACCACAAGGGUUUGAAGGAACGAGAAAUUCCUGCUGACGAUCCACGGCUUCUCAACGUUACCCGUGUUUUGGACAACCUGAAUGUCCGAUUUGGUCCAAGAAGAAACAUUCAGUAACACACAAACAAUGCUCAUGUCCUUGAGUCGAUGCAAGAAGGAAUUUGUCUUUGCAAGACAUCUGGAUGCAAAGUAAUGUUUACACUCCAUAAAACCAAAGAACUCUAUUAGGAUGACUCAAAGAAAGACCGUGAACCAUCAGGCAUAUGAAGGGAACAGCAGGUGGAAGCGGAUGAUCAGAAAUAGAAGUAGGUUAUUUUCAGGAUUUGUCAAGCCAUUUUUCACCUGCCAAGCCUAAACUCGAAUUCUUGGAGUUUUGAUUUGAACUUCAAUCUACCCAUGUUGCCUACCGUUAUCUGAAGACCAUUUAUCGAAGUUUGUGAUGUAGAGAGUUUGUAGCGUGACAGAUUGCUUCGCUAUUUUGAUGGAUGAUUUAUUAUUAGGAUCUUUCCCUAGAUGAGUUAAGUAAUCUUUUCUGAAUCUGUGAGUCUUAUUUUGGCGGAGCUAAGCUGCAGGCCAUUC